AUGCAAUCCACUGCGCCAAAGCCAAGAGUACCGCACCGCAGCCGCUGUCGCAGUGCAGAGACAGGGUUUACUAUGAGAAAUCACAUAGAGGAAGUUAAUCGUGACGACGAUCAACUACCAUCACCGAGUGCAUCUUUAUCAACUGAGGAGAAGAAGGAAAUUGAAAAUGCGGUGCAUGAGUUAGUGGAACGUAUUUCGAACGAUCCUUCUGUGACAGAGGAAAAGGAGGCAAUUGAAAAAGUGGUCCAUGAGCUAGUGGAUCGCGCCUCGUUUUGGAGUGACCCCUCCGUAUUAGAGAGAAAUUUCUACACCUUGGAUUAUCGCAAAGCUCCCUCGUUAGGUUCCGCUUCUUCUGUAGAUGGAAGCGAAUUCGGAGAAUUUAGUGAUUGUGAGCUAUCCCUAUUAGAGACUGAGGAGGAUUCUGAUAAGGAGUUCGAGAGGUUGCAAAAAUACACGUGUGAAUCUCGUCUUAAAAAUUACAAAAGAGAUCAUCCCGAUGGCGUUCCCCAGCAGAAGAGACUGAGAGCUGAAGUUGUUAUUGACAAAAGUGAUUUAAAAAAUGAAUAUGAUUCACUUCCGCCUUUAGAACAACUUUCAAUUCACUGCGAAGAGUCUAUACCGCUUGAGAUUGUAGGACAUGUAACUUCUGUGGUCGACUGCUUAGUGGUUAUUCAGUCAGAUGGUGGUGUUGCACUCGAUUAUGAUUCUGUUUUAUUUGACAAGGAGCGCAAUUCUAUUGGCGUUGUCUUCGACUUGUUUGGUCCAGUAAGAAGUCCGCUUUACUCAGUAAGAUUCAACACAAGAGAAGAGGCUGCCAAAAUACAAGUUGGUAUGAAGGUAUACUACGCACCGAUGGCAGAACAGUAUACUAAAAAAGUAAUCGAAACACAACUGGAAGGGGAAACGGAAGUGGAUGCAGAUUACUCAGAGGAUGAAGCAGUAUUCAGUGAUGAUGAAAAAGAACGACAAUAUAGGCAGCGUAAAGCAGCCAAGGCAAGGGCGACGCAAGAAAGUAUUUCUGCUGAAAAUAGUGAAAGGCGCGGUCAAAAGCGUCGUGUUCAAUUUUCUGAGUCGUUUCCCUAUCGAGGAGGGAGAGGAAGAGGGGAACAUCACAGAGGCAGAGGUCGUGCAACCUCAUGGAACUGGCAUAGCGGGCGAGGAGCACAUUCCAGACGAGGGCAGUAUCAAGGAGGAAGAGAUCAAGCUUCUUCAAAUGGUCAAGGAACGCCAGGUGUAGCGAAUAUGGAUAAUCCGUACGCAGAAUUUGGUUGCUACGGUGGAAAUUCUUUUGUUGACUCACGACAACUCUAA